AUGGCUUUGCGGAAGUUACCAAGUCCACCUUCGUCGUUCUUUCCACACCUACAGACUUUCAUGCAGGUGAACCCAAAUUCCGUAAGGUUGUCACUGCAGCUGCAGCCCGCCUCAUUCCUGCUGGAUGCAUUGUGGAAACCCGCCCUAAUUUCCCAGAUGAAGCGGUUUUUCUUGCAAAUGAGCGGUGAUCCCGGAAAUGCCUGUAUCUGGGAUCUCAAUAUACAAAUUCUGCAACUGGUAGGCCAACAUAAAAUCUGGAAUUAUAUAGAUUUUUCAUAUUUGCAUUCUUUAUUUCCUUCUAACUUUCUAUUGUUGACUUUCUUUCUAUUCCCGGCAGGCAAACCAUGCCCGGAGAAGACGCGACCACACAAGACACGAUGCGAGUCCUAUUACAAAUGCUUUGCAUUGCCGUCCAAUCGUCAUGUUUGGAUACCAGAAAAAUGUGAAUCAGGCCUCAUCUAUGAGCACAACCUAGGCUUAUGUGUAUUGCCCGACGAUGAGUGGGAAUGUACAUUGGGAGUUGGCAUGCAAGGUGGCAAGGUCGAGGCUGAUAAAAGCAAUAAGGCGGUGGCGGAGUUAGGACAGACGCAAAUCCGCACGCAAACUACGCAAGCAACGCGCACCAAUAAGGUGAAAGAUGCAGAUUUGUACAUCGUAAAUAAUAAACACGAUAACGACAACGAAAAUUAUGACGACGCUGCGCCGAAACAAAAGAAUAAACUUAAGGAAAACGACAUGGAAAUGAUUGUAGAUAGCAGCGUAGGCAGCGAUGCGGAAGUGGAGCGUGAGGACAGCCAAUUCGAAGCUAGUGGCGAUGAUGUUGGGGAACUGGUAGAAAUGGAUGGUUUUCUGCAGGCGGAAAACCGUGAGGGCGAAGAUGAGCACGAGGAACAGCUCAACGUGGUAGUUGACAAUGAAAUUAGACCAGAGAGUGUGACGAAGAAAUCAAAGAUUGAUCCCAAACUUACGGCGCAUCUGCAGCGCUUAUCGCAAUUAAUUGAUGGACUAAAAAAUCAAUAUCAACAGGGUGAUGAGCAGCCGACUGAUUUGCGGCCCGACCAGUUAAAUGCAUUCUUGGCGCAUUUUAAUAUACAAAACAAAUUUAGUUUGAUUAAACCUACCUAUGAAAUGAAUUCCAAAGAAACAACAGAGACAACUACCACAACUGAGCCACCAGAGUCCACCGCGGCGGCGUACGUUAAAUAUCAAACACCUUCCUUAAAUAAGACGCGCCUGCAAGAACAUUUGGACGGUACAUUGAAGCCGGAAACAAAAGUGGUACUCACAAAUACGCUGCCCAAAAAUUACGGUACUACGGGGUACUCGAAUUCGCAAAUCGUAGUUAAUCGCCCGGAGGGUUCGGUGCUUUUCACUUUGCCGCAUUACGGCAACGAACAGACGUCAGAGUAUGGCCACAAUACACCAAAGAUAUCUGAGGAUACAUUAAAAACUGUGUUGGAGCUGUCUAAACAAAUGAUUGCUACACAGAACAUACCGAAAAUAGUACCCAAUACCGGCUAUUAUGCGCAACCACUAAUACAGCCACUCUUCCUGCCCGCAUCAGCAUUCCAGGCGCAAGCGCAAGCAAAUCCCUUUGCCGCCUACUUUAAUAGCGUCAAUAACAAUAGGCCACAGCAGGGAUAUGAUUCAAAUGAUGGUAAAACUGGUACCUUUACCGGAAAUUACAAUAAUCAAGCUGAGCAAGCGCAGCUGCUUCGGCCCGCCGGCGCUUACAACAAGCCCGCUAAUACGAUUAUACACAACAAUGUCAUUCCAAUACAUUUGACAUCCACGAACUCAGGUGAAAAAGAAAUCGUUGACAGCUACGGGCAGAGUUUAGGCCUUUAUCCGCCAAUUAAUACCGCCACUGACGGCGACAACGGCUAUGAUCAGCACUUUCACUCACACACUUUUGGUGACAACAAAUUCUUUGCCAGUCUCACAACAGCGCGUCCACAAAUUUCCACUACACCUGCGCCCACCGGCUAUGCGGCGCAAUUUGCUGCACAAUAUCCCACAGCGAUGGACGCAACCACCACACGUCCCAACGCAUUUCAACCUACAUCGCCAACGCUCAACGAGUACUUCUCACCCAAUCCACAUUUAAAUGAGAAUAAUGUCAAUAAACUCUUUCAAUCGACCGAUCGUUAUCCCACAGUGCAGUACGAUGAUCUACCGCGGCCCAUGAGCAUAGGGCGUCCACAACUUUUCACACCACAAAUGGAUGGCCAUAAAGUCAAGCUACGUCCGAAUGGCCACACCAUGGAUAGCAUGGAAAUGGAAGGCGACGAUUACGGUGAAAAUCAAGCGCGACCACUGCAACAGCUGUUCACCUAUAACUACGACAAUGACAAGCCGGAUAUGGGUAACCAAUAUCAGCAGGCAACUUUUGCGGGUAGCAGCAGUGGCGGCAACAAACACACCUACAUACCACGCCCCUCUGCUACGCGUCCUUCAUACACAAAUGCCGCAAAUAAAUUGAAGCCAUACAACACACACCCCGCCUCCUCGUACGCCGAUGGCACACAGCUAGUCAAUAUUGGCGGUAAUUUUGUUAGUUUCGAUGUCUUCCAGAAUACAGUACUCCCGCUACUAGGCCAAACGCAGUCGUUGAAUGAUUUAAACAAUGUUGAAGUCAUAACUUGCGCUACCGGCGUACGCCAACCGAACACCACCGAUUGUACACGCUACUAUGUAUGCAGCAAGAAGGAUGGCAAAGUGCUAUCCUACUCCUGCCCGCCAUAUACCGCCUUCAAUGCACAAACGCGUAUAUGUGAUGCGCAUACGUAUGCCGUGUGUACGCCGGAUGCCAUUAUUAGCCGGUAUACGGUAUCGGAGAAUAAACGCUUGCAAAUGGAGGCGAUUAAAGCAAUGCAGGAUGUGAAGCGUAGGCAAGAGCAAGCUAUGAAAGCACAAAACAUUGCCAAUUUGUUGCAAAAAUAUGGCGGUCAAACGCAGGCGGCUGUGGCAAAUGAGGACGAUAGCAGUGAAAAGGAUAUGCUGAGCGCGUAUGUGCAGCAAGCAGCAGCGAUGAAUGUCUACAGCACGACGCCUAGGCCAACAGCGGCGGCGGCGACGGUGAAGAAGCGGAAGUACUACUGCAAGGAAGGUGACAAAAUUGCCGAUCAAACUUCAAUCUACAGCUAUUUUGUUUGCUACAAGAACGCGCAAGGUAUGAUGAAGGGUCACAAGAUGACCUGCACGAAGGGUUUGAUUUUUUGCGCGAAGAGCGCAAUGUGUACACUGGCGAGUAAAUGCGCGUGAAGGGCGGGAAGAAGACGACCAACUAUGUAGUUGAAACGAAUGGUUGGCGUGAACUGCAGAAUGGGCGGAAGCGGAACAAUGCAAAGGAAGGAUGAUGAUAUGCAGUGAUGUUAAAUGACAGUUGUAGCAGUUGGAAAUUAGCGAGUGUUGCCAGUAUUUCUUUUUUAUGGCGGAAAGAGUAUUAGGCAGUGCUGCUUAAGAUUUCGCUAGCUGUAGUUUAAAACUAUUUCUUUUUCGUACAAGUUACACAAAUAAAACAGGGGAUUUAUAAUGCAUAAGUGUUUUUCGAUUUCUUUAUUGUAAUAAAUUUAUAUUUAAUUGGAAAUGAAUAUAAAAAUAUAAGCAUUUAUUUAA